AUGACGGCCCUACAAACCUCUGACGAACCGACAAAGGUCCUUGGUCGCGAAUACAUCCAGGAACAGCUCCGCGACAGCUCUGCUCACGAUGCGAGUCAGAACGAUCUCGAAUCUGGGGACAUUGACAUCGCUCAGAUUGAGCGCAUUUACCGAAAGAUUGACUUGCGUAUCAUUCCCGCGUUCUGGGUCCUGUACUUCCUUUGCUCGGCCAUCCGAUCGAACGUUGGCCUCGCACAGACGAUGAACGCCGAAUCCGGGCAUGACCUCGGCUCCGUCCUCAACGCCACACCGCACCAGAUCUCGACUGGUCUGGCCUUGUUCUAUGUCUGUUACGUCGUCUUUGACCUGCCUUCGAACCUGAUAAUGACCAAGUUGAGUCCGCAUGUUUGGAUGAGCCGGAUCGUUAUUGGGGUGGGGAUUAUCGGGAGUUGUAUGGCCGCUAUGAAGGCAGCUUGGAGCUUAUACCUCUUGCGCCUUCUCCUUGGAAUUGUCAUUGCAGGCAUGUGGCCCGGCAUGGCCUACUACCUCACCCUCUUCUAUCCGCCUUCCCGCACCGGGAAACGCAUCGGCCAGUACUACACGGCGGCACAGCUUUCGGCCGCCGUCGUCGGUCUGGUUUCGGCGGGAUUCCAGGAGAUGGACGGCGACCGUGGCCUUGUCGGUUUCCAGUGGAUGUUCCUCGUCUACGGCGUCAUCACCAUAGCUGUCGGCAUCGGACUGCUUUGGUGGCUACCCGACCGCCCCGUGGCUCCGGGCGAAGUGCCGCCAAGCCGCAGCAAAUGGCUCCGCUGGCUGCCGAAGAGUCCCCCGGUACUGACGGGCAAGGACGCAGAGCUGCACUAUCGCGACCUGACGAGGGUGUACAAACGCCCUCGCUGGACACUCCGUCACCUCUUACAGGUUCUGCUCGACUGGCGCCUUUGGCCGCUUUUGCUUAUGUACUUUGGCGUCGUGGGUGUUGGCAUUGGCGUGCAGAACUACGCGACCGUCAUCAUCAAGGGUAUCAACCCGAACUUAUCGGGCAUCGACCUGAGUCUUCUCACGGCUCCCAUCUGGAUUUGCGACCUCAUCGCGAUCUUACUAGUAACCCCGAUCUCUGAUCGCUUCCACCAUCACCGCGCCCUCUUCUUCUCCCUCGCAGCGCUACUCCAGAUCCUAGGUCUUUUAUUGACCACCUAUGCAGGCACCGACCCAAACCCCUGGCCGCGCUACGGAGGCCUCCUAAUUGUGGGCUUCGGGCUUGGUCCCACAGUCCCUAUAACGAUGACCUGGACAACCGAGAUCUUCCAACCGCGGCACGGCGAGGUUGGGGUCGCUGCUGCAUCUGCCGUCGUUUCCGGCUGGGGCAAUCUGGGGUCCAUUAUGACGACGGUUGUUGAUGGUGGGAAGACUGUGGAGCACGAGGGUGCUGUGGAUGGGGCAGCGAGGAGAGAGGGGAGGCAGAGAGGUUUCGAGGGACUUGGAAAUGGUUUUAAGCAAUGGUUUACGAAGCAGAAUGGUCAUAGGGUUUGA